UUUGUGGCUGUGUACCCCACCCUAGCGGGGGCUGGGCUUCUGGGAUUGGUAGAGGGCGCUGGGCGGGGCAAGGAGAGGUCCCCGGAGGGGGCGAUUGCCUGGUGUGACGCAGAUACCUUUCCCUCCCCGCGGAACCUGAGUUGUGCGGGUCUGUUUCCGGACGGAGGUAGUUUCAAGUCUGCCCCCUCCCCCACCCCGCGACGGCGGCGGGCGUCCUGGAGACGGACGGAGGCCGGGAAGGAGCAGCUGCGCGCUGGGGAGAUGCUGAGCCCCGAACGCCUUUCCCUGCCGGGGCCCGAGUACCUGGCAUUUGGAGCCUCUUCAGGUCUGGGAGGAAGUGACUGAACACGGAUUCCUGCUCACAAGGAAGCUCAUUGUGCCCUGGAGCCAGCUUGCUGCUCAGAGACAUGUCCUCACGUACAUGGAGGAUGCAGUGAGCCAGCUGCUGGAGAACAGAGAAGAUAUUAGUCAGUAUGGCAUUGCCAGAUUCUUCACUGAAUAUUUUAACAGUGUGCGUCAAGGAACUCACAUUUUGUUCCGAGAGUUCAGCUUCAUCCAAGCCACACCCCACAACAGGGCAUCCUUCCUACGGACCUUCUGGAGAUGCUUCCGAGCAGUGGGUAAAAAUGGAGAUUUGCUGACAGUGAAGGAGUACCAUUGUCUGCUGCAGCUGCUCUGCCCUGACUUCCCAAUGGAACUUACUCAGAAGGCAGCAAGGAUUGUGCUCAUGGAUGAUGCCAUGGACUGCUUGAUGUCUUUUUCUGAUUUCCUCUUUGCCUUCCAGAUACAAUUUUACUACUCAGAGUUCCUGGAGAGUGUUGCUGCCAUUUAUCAAGAUCUGUUGACUGGUAAGAAUCCGAACACUGUGAUUGUGCCAACAUCAUCCUCUGGGCAGCACCGUUCACGCCUGGCUCCGAGUGAGUGCAGCCCACUUGAUGGGGUGGAGGCAUCUCUGUUCUACCACUGUCUAGAGUCCCUGUGUGAUAGGUCAAAAUACAGCUGUCCCCCAUCUGCCCUUGUCAAAGAGGUACUGAGCAGUGUACAGAGACUGACCUUCUAUGGAUUUCUUAUGGCUCUUGCAAAGCAUCAUGGGAUCAACAGAGCCCUAGGGGCUUUGCCAGAUAAAGGAGACCUGCUUCUUGACCCUCCCAUGGAUCAGGAAUUGGAGAAACUACUAUCUCAGGUUUCAGGGGUCUCCAUCUCCACUCCAGCCGGCUCCAGUGGGGACAUUGCCAACCUGCCUACCCGCACCUCCCCAAGAAUCAGCUCCCCCUGGAAACCUCUCCACCACCACCAGAAAGUAAAUACAGAGAGCGAUGGCUCCACCGACGAGACAGAAUCCUCUGAGAACUAAUCCUCCUCCUGGCUCCCACUAGACUGAUGGGGAUGUGAUGGAACAGCACCUCAUUCCAGAUGCUGAAAGGUGAUGGGCAUUGCCGCCGAAGAUGGGUCCCACCCAUUCUGCACCUGCAUCUACAUCCACACCAUUCCCCAUUACCAGGACCACCAAGCCCAUCCAAAACAACACCAUUCUCCUAUACCCUAAUUAGCUGAGGAAUCUCUCAUCCGGAGGCCACUACCAGCUGUAGAGUUAUGCUGCCCUCUGCUGGCAAAAUGGACAAACCAGUGGAAGAAUGCUUUGUGAAGACCUCUCCACUCAAUCUUCCUCUACUCAAAGAGUGAUAGGAAAUUCUCCUACUGUUGGUCUCAAUCUGCUGCAGUUGGACAGGUGCUAGCAACAGUGGGUGUUUUGUUGUGUAACUGCUCAGACCUGGUGUAGACAAUCUGGUGAUUAGAAGCUGGUCUACACUAGUGCUUCUACUAUAAUUACUCCUGGCAAAGCUGCACCUGUGCUAGAGCAGUGGCAGGAGAAGUUCCUAAAAUUAGAAAAGACCUAGCUGUUGUCCUCUCCACACCAUCUGUGUUUUUUCCUCAGAGGGAGUGUCCAAGAGAUGCCAAAGUAAAAGGACACAAAGUUUCAGUUAAUAAGUACUACACCAUUGUAGUACUCAUGUUGUAGUUGUAAUAUAGAUGUAUGGCUCGUCUGUUGUAUUAGGUUAUCCUCUCGAAGGCCUCUCUCUAGCGCCUGUCUCCCUGGGACCACCCUCUCUAUAAUUACAUCAUCUAGGGAGAAGAACACAGCAUAUAAAUUCCCUGGCCACAGACCUUGUGGUCCACAAACAUAUUGUCCUAGCUGCUUUGUUAGAUGGAAUGUUGGGGGUGUAUUGGGGGUGGUGGGGAAGCAAGGGCGAGGGUUAUCUUCACUAAACCUCAGUUAUCAGUUGUGAGAGUGCAAGCAUUAAUAUAGCAGCAGUGGAGUCAACAUCACUUGAAUUCUGCCCCUACAAGAAUGAAUCCCCCUCCCUUAUGCAUUAUUACUGGAUAAUCAGACUAUUAUGGAACUGUAGCAGUUUGGUCUCCACUGCCCUGGAGGCCUAAACAGAGUUUGGCGUUUCAUAAUUUGCCUUGGUCUGCCCCACAGGCCAGUUGUUUCCCCAGGGUUUCACUCUCCUGAUUCUCAGGGAGUCUUUCCCCCUUCCCCUAGGUUUGUGAGAUGCAGAACACCUGGAGCAGUUCAUCUGAGGUUUGGAGCUAAAUUGGGCAAUGCUACACAGCCAAAAGUUAGGCUCCAUUUAAUGGAACCAGGAUGGACUUGGCCCUAGAGCGAUCUGUUAUAAAAAUAAGCUUGCUCAAAUCCUCCCCAGCCUGUGCCCCUGCACCAGCCCCAGCUGAGAAGAGCUGGUAGGUAGGUUAUUUAUGUAUUGUAAUUUAUUUUAUUUAAACUGCUGUAACAGUCCUGUCUGUCUUUGAGUAAAACUACACAAUCCAGGGAAUAAAGCACUUAGUGCAAGGUGAAUACUAAGUCUGGGGCUCCCACUUUGCUGUGUCAUCUCUGAAGGAGUCAGCACCCCCAAACACAUUAGCUGAUGCAGCUCACAGCACUGUGUUUGCUGAAUGGAGGAAGGUGUCAGAGCACCCAACUAACCUAAGUGAUAGUGUAUAACCUGCAAAGUGGCAAUAAAGGAGCCAACGCGUGUGGAGAUCAUGUUCCCAAGAAGAGCAGAAAAUAUGGGAGGGUGUCCACAUUCUCUGGCUGUGCAGUGUGAACAGUCUUUGGACUAUUCUCUCUGUGUCAACUCGAUACUAGAGAAGGCCCAUGUCUUCUGCUAUAUUCUGUACUGGAUGAAAUGCAUUGACAGCGCUCAAUAAACAUACUUCUGAAUACCAAAA